AUGCAGAGGAAAAUGAAAGGGAAAAAGAAAAACAUUGGUUCGAUUUUCGAAGAUUGCAAUGUAUCUGCGUCUCAGGAGAUUUAUCUACAGCGAUGCGGUUUUGCCGUACCAGGUCAACCACCUCCAGAUUCCGAUCCCUCCGUCGGAGUCUCACCGCCACCGUUAAACGACGGAAUUCCAUAUCAGCGUUCAUCCGGUGAUUCGGAUACGGAUAAGGAUAGUGUAAUCGGCUCGGGUAACGAUGCGGUGGAGAGUCAGGCGAUUCGAUGCGUCACUCCGGAGGAAAGCGUGGACACCGUUGAUUUAGAGGAAGAUGUUGCAGAUCCGACGGUUGAGGUUUCGGCGGAGAAGCAGAGUGAUGUUCCUCUGGAAUCUGCAGCGAAGAAGGAAGGUGGAGGAAAGAAACUUAAGAUUCCUUUAAGGGAAGUUGUGAAAGCCAUAGUUAUGAAUUCGAGAAACACAGAGGAAGAAGAAGACAAAGAGAUUGAGAAGAUGAGCUGUGUGCAAAUCCUCUUGCAAAAGGGAUUCAAAUUUUAAGUGAUACAGAACAGCUUUUGCUCUUAAAUCAAGUUAAGCAAAGAGUUACCAAACCAA